AUGACUCCGGUCCCUUCAUCCCGCAGGAUCCGUCGCCGUAGAGUCGCAGACGAGGAUCGGAAGCGGGCACCUCGGGCCUGUACCCGCUGCAAGGCCCGUAAAAGCAAAUGCAUUGAGACGACGUCGGGUAUAUGCCAACGAUGUCUUCAGGGGUCACACACUUGCAGCUUCGUCACGCAGCGGUCGAGCAUAUCCCCAGGAGUACUGCAGUCGCCUGCAAGAGACUAUGACGAACCAUCGGCAGAUCUGGGUCCUAGCCCGAGCCCCGAUCCCCUGGCUGAUGUCUCGGACAACAUACAAGCAUCACGUCGGGAUCUCUGCUCCGACAGUAACGCUCCAGAGAACUUCAUGUGGCCACGAUUUCUAUCCAGACUUAGAAACGCAUUCUAUCUCGAGCCAAACUCGUCACCUGCUGAGAGAGCGAUCGCCAGACUUGAGGCUCGCUCGUCGCGAACCACUGCUUCUCACCAGUCUGCGGAAGCAAUCCGCUUGCAGGCGGCCACUGAAAGCCUCCCACCCAGAUCUGUAGCCAUCUUCUUGAGCAAACUCUGCGUUCAACAUGGGACCGACUGCUUCUUCUACUUUGAUCAGCCUUCUUUCUUGGCUGAGGUGGAUGAGUUUUACAACGACUUGAGCUCACCUCUCCGGCGGGAUCCUAGCUUCCUUUGCCUUUUGCUGUCAGUUCUUGCUCUUGGAGCGCACUGGAGCCCGCGAGCCCGCCCAUCCACUCUGUCUGGGUCUCUUCCAAUUCCUGCGGAAGACCCUGGUAGGGUAUUUUGCGGUCAUGCCCGGAUCGUAAUAGCAGACACCAUGGAUAGAGUGAGUAUGUACUCUGUCAAGGCGGCAUUCGUCCUUGGGAUAUACCUCAUGCCAUCGAGUGCGGUAGGGGCCUCAUACCUGUACAUGGGUCUUGCCUUGAGGAAAGCCAUCGCUCUUGGACUGCAUCAUGAAUCAGAAGAGCCAGACAUCGACAGCCAUGAGAGGGAAAUGAGACGAAGGUUAUGGUGGGCUAUAUUUUCUCUCGAAAGAACUCUAACAAUCAAGCUCAAUCGACCCAGAUCGAUAUCUCAGGAUGUCAUAACAGCUCACUUCGAUAACUUGGACCACCAAGUAGCUAACGCGCAAUUUGUCAAAAUCAUUGACACUCUUGUCGAGCCGGCUACUUGGUCAAGCAACUCUCAACCUCCUCUGCAAGACUUUGAGGUUUCGCUGAAAACCUGGAAACAGUCUCUGCCUCCCAACUUACGUCUCCCAAACGUGGAACCUCGCUCGCCAUACUAUCGCGCCGUGUUCCACCUCUACCUAAACUACUACUUUGCUUGGAUUGCCAUAGAGCCUCAAACAACGGAAGAUGAUGAUAUAACGCGGCAAUUCAGAUCAUGUGGCAUCGCGGCAAAGAAGAUGUUAAACAUACUCGAAGACGCUAGUCAAUCAGGAAACAUGGCCCCAAGCUCCUUUACGGACUUUCAGGGUUGCAGUAUCGCCACAAUCAUUGUGAUCCUUACCGGCAUCCUGGAGCGAGACUCGGCAUACGAAGCCCGAGUUGCCUUCGGUCUGCGCUGUCUCAGAAGGAUGGCUGACUUGCACAUGGCUGGUCGAAUGGCAGUACGAUUUGUAGAGGCACUCAUGUCAAUCGCCGAGGAGGCGCGGGCCAAGGCCAGACCGUUCGGUUCGGCACAAUUCGAUGCGAAUGUCGACCAAGAGACUUCUGAGUACCUUCUCUGGACAGACUGGCUGAACAGAAACACGGACACAUCUGGGACUGAAAGGAAUCAAUCCAAUGUAACUAUACAAUCGUCGCGUGCUCAUUCGCAAGCUGCACAAGCUGCUGCUGCUGGCGCAUCGCCAAUGUGGGAGGAAGCUGCUGCAUUGCUCCAGCUUCGGAACCCAUCUACGCCCAACCAAGCACAUGUGGUUGAAGAUGUUGCUCUGUCAACGUCUGCACCUGGGCUACCAGAAGAGGCACCUUUCGAUCUAGGUCUGGAUGCUGACUUCCCUCCGGCCACUUUUGCCGAGAAUCACAUGCAACUGAUGGGUCUCACUGGUAUGGACAUGUUGGAUUUUACAUUUGACAUCUAA